GAAAAUUGCAAAUAAACUCUUAGGUUACGGAGUUGAGCUCAUUCGUUCGUCUACGUUUAUCACAUCCUUGAAUUUUAGUGCGGGAACUAAAUUAAACUCGUGCCAAGACACUGAAUGGGUUUCUCCGAUUCAUCAAAUCAAAAUCUUUAAUUUUCUUACGUUUCUGCAUGAGGCAGGGGGGUUUUUCGGUACUCGUUUGAACAGGUUAUGGACUCGGCUCUUAAACAAAGCAGAAAGCCAAAUCCUAGAGAAAAUGCAUUCCCUUUAUCAGCUGCGACCUUCUGGUAUACGAUUCCAACUUUCGUUCAGGGCUUCAAGCGUGACUUAGAAGAGUCCGACUUGACCGAGACUCUGACUGAGCACAAGUCAAGUAUACUGGGAAAUAAAAUGGAAAAAGCUUGGAAAGCUGAAGAGAUCAAAGCCGCGAAGGCUAACCGUAAACCGUCGCUAGAAAGAGUACUCUUUAAAGUUUUUAGUUUUGAAUUUGUUUUUUAUGGUAUUGUUUUAGCACUGAGUGAAGCUAUAAGAUUGAACCAGCCACUAUUUUUGGGCAAGUUUGUUGCAUUCUUUGAUACUUAUCGAACGCCGGUUAUGCGAGAUGCCGCCCACGUUGUCACUGAUGGAACCGCACAAAAUCAUUCUGAGGAAAUUGGGCAACCGCUGGCUUUGGGAAAACUCCUAACGUUCUACCAACCCCUCAAUACUGAAGUUUCACAAACCGAUGCUUACUGGUACGCCGCCGGAGUCGUGAUAUGUUCCCUGGCAAACAUUGCAUUUUCGCACCCUCAAAUGUUGGGGGUGAUGCAUUUAGGGAUGAAAAUGAGGGUUGCGUGUUGUUCACUAAUCUACCGCAAAACACUGAAACUGAGCAAAACGGCUUUGGGUCAAACAACUGCGGGUCAAGUGGUCAAUUUGUUAUCAAACGAUGUUAACAGAUUCGAUGUUGCUCUACUUUUCGCCCAUCAGUUAUGGGUGGGGCCACUUGAGACCAUCGUUUGUACUUACUUCAUGUACUUACAAGUUGGAUACUCGGCGAUUAUUGGCGUUGCGUUUCUUCUGCUGUUUAUACCGCUGCAAAUUUUCCUGGGGAAGCGGAUUUCGGUCCUCCGCCUGAGAACCGCGCUCCGAACCGACGAACGCGUCCGUUUGAUGAACGAAAUCAUCUCCGGCAUCCAAGUGAUCAAAAUGUACGCCUGGGAGAAACCCUUCGCAAGUCUGGUGGCUCUCGCCCGUCGCUAUGAAAUCAAAUCGAUCCGAAUCUCCUCCUACAUGCGGGGCAUCACCCUCUCCUUCAUCAUGUUCACCACCCGGAUGUCGAUCUUCGCAAGUGUCUUAGCCUACGUCCUGUUCGACAACACCAUAACCGCCGAAAAAGUCUUCGUCUUGACCUCGUUCUACAACAUUCUGCGCCAAACCAUGACCGUGUUUUUCCCCCAAGGCAUUUCCCAAGUGGCCGAGGCGCGCGUCUCCAUCGCCCGGCUGAACAAAUUCAUGCUCUACGACGAGACCCAGAUCGCCAAAGAACUGAAACGGCGCCAAGCCGAGGGCAAGAAGGACAAUCUGAUCUCGAACGGGAUUGACGCGGCCCGCGAUUUGGGCGUUUUCAUGAAAAAUGCCUCAGCCAAGUGGAGCGAAGCCUCGAGCGAUAACACGCUCAACAACGUGAAUUUGACGGCGGUUCCGGGGAAGUUGGUGGCGGUUAUUGGGCCGGUUGGGAGCGGCAAGAGCAGCCUGUUCCAUGCCAUUUUGCAAGAGCUGCCCUUGUUUGACGGGAGUCUCUCGGUUAAUGGGGAAAUCAGUUACGCGUCACAAGAGCCGUGGCUUUUUGCGGGAAGUGUGCGCCAAAACAUACUCUUCGGCCUGCCAAUGGACAAGCUCAGGUACAAAACUGUGGUGAAAAAAUGUGCCUUAGAACGCGACUUCACCCUUUUGCCUUAUGGGGACAAGACGAUGGUUGGGGACAGAGGGGUGUCCCUCAGUGGGGGCCAGAGGGCGAGGAUCAACCUCGCGAGGGCCGUCUAUAAACAAGCCGAUAUUUACCUACUGGAUGAUCCAUUAUCAGCUGUUGAUACACACGUGGGUAAACAAUUGUUCGAGAAUUGCAUCGCCGGUUACUUGAAAAAUAAGACCGUCAUAUUGAUUACUCAUCAGUUACAAUAUUUGAAAGAAGUGGAUCAAAUUAUUUACCUGCAUGACGGGGUUGUUAAAGCACAAGGGAGUUUCAAGGAAUUGCAAGCGACGGGGCUGGACUUUACCAACCUUCUGGGGGCGGCGCAGGACGAAGACGAGGAGAAGAAAAAAGAAGAAGAGUUGAUAAGGCAGGGUUCGAUCCGAAGCAUUGCCUCAGUCGAAGGGGAAGCCCCGAAAAUCGUGGAGGAACAGAAGGGCACAGGCUCGGUUGGGGCCGAUGUCUACUUGGGCUACUUCAAAGCUGGGGGCAACUGUUGUGUCAUUUUCGUACUUUUCGCACUGUUUAUCGUAACUCAGAUUUUUGCAAGUAUUGCCGACUAUUUUAUCACCUAUUGGGUCAAUAUCGAACAACAAGAUGCUCAAAAAAACAAAACUAGCGUUGCCGAGGCCCAAGAUGACGAUUUCUGGCACUUCUCUCGGGACACGUCAAUUUAUAUUUAUUCGGUCAUUAUCGGGCUUUUGAUAAUCAUAACUUUGAUCCGUUCGUUCACGUUUUUCUCCGUGUGCAUGAGGGCGUCCACCCGACUUCACGACAACAUGUUUGCGAGCAUAACACGGGCCACUAUGAGAUUUUUCAAUACGAAUAGUGCUGGACGGAUUUUGAACCGGUUUUCCAAAGAUAUGGGUUCUAUUGAUGAACUUUUAACGUCUGCGAUGAUUGAUUGCUUGCAAAUCGGGCUUUCCCUCCUUGGAAUUAUUAUAGUUGUGGCUGUUGUUAGUCCCUGGUUGAUGGUACCGACUGUUGUUGCCGGAAUUAUUUUCUAUUUCUUGAGGAUUUUCUACAUACGGACAAGUCGGAAUGUCAAACGUUUGGAGGGCAUAACCCGAAGUCCUGUAUUUUCACACUUAAAUGCCUCGCUUCAAGGCUUAACCACAAUUCGGGCUUUUGGUGCUCAAGAAAUCUUAGAAAAGGAGUUCGAUGGUCAUCAAGAUUUGCACAGUUCGGCUUGGUUUAGCUUUAUUUCAACCUCAAGAGCAUUCGGGUAUUGGCUGGACGUUGUCUGCAUCAUCUACAUCACCUUGGUCACGUUUAGUUUCUUGGUUAUUGGAAACGAAAAAUUUGGUGGCAACGUGGGGCUGGCCAUAACGCAGGCCAUCGGCCUGACCGGCAUGUUCCAGUGGGGCAUGCGUCAGUCCACGGAGCUGGAGAACCAGAUGACCUCCGUGGAGCGCGUCCUCGAGUACAACAACAUCGAGCACGAGGGCAACCUGGAGUCGCCCCCGGACAAAAAGCCGGCUCCGUCGUGGCCCAACGACGGCAAAAUCGAGUUCAUCAACGUGUUCCUGCGCUAUUUCCCCGACGACCCGCCCGUGCUCAAGAACCUAAGUUUCACGAUAAACCCGCGGGAGAAGAUCGGGAUUGUGGGCCGCACAGGCGCCGGCAAGUCCUCGCUAAUCAACGCGAUUUUCCAACUCAGCGACACGCAGGGCGCCAUCAUCAUCGACGGCAUCGACAUCACCGAGAUCGGUCUGCACGACUUGCGCUCAAAAAUCUCGAUAAUCCCGCAGGAGCCGGUGCUGUUCUCCGGGACUAUGCGCAAGAACUUGGACCCGUUCGACGACUACUCGGACGCCGACCUGUGGCGCGCUUUGGAGGACGUGGAGUUGAAGGACGAGGUGUCGAACUUGACCUCGGGACUCAACUCGAAAAUGUCGGAGGGAGGGUCGAAUUUCAGUGUGGGGCAGAGGCAACUGGUGUGUCUGGCGCGGGCGAUUUUGCGCAACAAUAAGAUUCUUGUUCUGGACGAAGCCACGGCUAAUAUUGACCCGCAAACCGAUGCGUUGAUUCAGAACACCAUUAGGAACAAAUUCUCGGAUUGUACGGUACUUACGAUCGCUCAUAGGCUGCACACUGUGAUGGAUUCGGACAAGAUUCUGGUCAUGGAUGCGGGGACAAUGAAGGAGUUUGACCAUGCGUAUAAUCUGUUGCAGGAUAGCAAUACUAUACUGUACGGCAUGGUCCAGCAAACUGGCAAGGCCAUGGCCGAAACAUUGUUCAAUGUUGCUAAAGAAAGCUACAACAAAAUACAUCAAGGUUAGUCCAAUUCUAGGUUGCAAAUUUGGGACAGUACUUAAGGGCUGGCUCCUGUUUUAACGAAGAUUCUGCGAUAAUAGUUUUAAUUUGGAGAACAAAUUUUAUAUUUUAUACACCGUGUAUUUAUUUAUUUAGGUAAUAAAUUCAUGUUCCGUA